AUGGUAGUGCUGAAGGGUAUCCCCGCCAUACUGUCCCCCGAGUUGCUCUACGCUCUGGCGCGGAUGGGGCACGGAGACGAGAUUGUCCUUGCAGAUGGCAACUUCCCCACUUCGUCCCUGUGCCAGUGUGGCCCGAUGGAGAUCCGAGCUGAUGGCCUGGGCAUCCCACAGCUCCUGGAAGCCAUACUGAAGCUGCUACCCCUGGACACCUAUGUAGAGAGUCCGGCAGCUGUCAUGGAGCUGGUGCCCAGUGACCAGGCCAGGGGCCUCCAGACUCCAGUGUGGAGACACUACGAGUCCCUCCUCAAUCAGGCAGGCUGCAUGACACCACUUGAGAAAGUUGAGCGGUUUGCGUUUUAUGAGAGGGCCAAAAAGGCCUUUGCAGUGGUAGCCACUGGGUGA